AUGAGCUUUGCCCCAAACCUAGCACUGUCAGACGUGGAUCUGACAAACAUAGCCAUCGAAGAGGAAUCGUCCAUGCAAUUAUCAAACAGUACUGCACGAGGCAUCAAACAAAUUGCCUUAACGGAAGAUUGUAGGCAGCGUAUUUAUGAGCCUUGGAAAAGUUCAAUCAUUAUUAAGUUGGUUGGAAAAAGAAUGUUACACCAAUAUUUAAAAAAGAAAAUCCAAGAACUUUGGCAUCCAACAGAAGAUCUUUCCCUUAUUGAUCUUGGAGAAGAUUACUACAUUAUAAAAUUUCGUAAAAAGGAAAAUAUGGAAAAGGCUAUCAACCAAGGACCUUGGUUCAUCAAUGGACAUUUCCUCUUAAUAAUUAAAUGGAAACCAAACUUUGUGGCUACAAAGGAAAGAUUAACAACCUCAGCUGUAUGGAUUAGAUUGCCCCAUCUUCCAACGGAAUUUUAUGAUUCAAAAUUUUUAGAAAAAAUUGGUAACGCCAUUGGACGAUUACUAAAAAUCGAUGUCUGCACAUCAGCCACUUUAAGAGGUUGUUAUGCAAGAAUUUGUGUAGAAAUCCCAUUGGAUAUUCCUGUACAACCCUUUCUCUACAUUGGACUACACAAACAAUACAUUUACUAUGAAGGGGAAGAUUACUUAUGCAAAAAAUGUGGUAGAUUUGGUCAUACAAUGGAUCAUUAUAGCUAUAUUCUAAAAACACCGGAAGAUACAAAUUCAGCCGAUGACCAACCUACUCAACCAAAGGAGAACAUGGAUGAAUGA